GGAAAAUCCGCUAGAGGUGACGUCACUGUGACUAAUCUCCGCCCAUCUCCGGCACAAGCAGCGGAAGUUCCGUUGUGACCUGGGAUAGCAAGCGCACCCUUCCAGUGUAUGUGUGGCAACAACAUGUCUGUGCCGCUGCUCGCCGAGGCUGUGACCGUUUCUGGGGCGGAGAAGGAGACCGCUGCGGUGAUCUUCCUUCAUGGUCUGGGUGAUACUGGAGAUGGCUGGGCUGAUGCCAUGAGAUCCAUCAGGCUGCCCCAUGUAAAGUACAUCUGCCCACAUGCACCCAGAAUCCCGGUUACACUCAAUAUGAAAAUGACCAUGCCCUCAUGGUUUGACCUGAUGGGAUUAAGCCCAGAAGCUCCAGAGGACGAAGCCGGCAUUAAGAGAGCAGCAGAAAACAUCAAGGCCAUUAUUGACCAUGAGGCGAAAAAUGGAAUACCUCCAAAUCGUAUCAUCCUUGGUGGCUUCUCUCAGGGAGGUGCUCUAUCACUGUACACUGCUCUGACUUGCCAGCAGAAGCUAGCCGGUGUAGUUGCUCUAAGCUGCUGGUUACCACUUCAUAAGACCUUUCCACAGGCGGCGAGUGGCAGCGCAAACAAGGAUAUCGCUAUUCUGCAAUGUCAUGGUGAAAUGGACCCAAUGAUUCCGGUACAUUUUGGGGCCAUGACAGCCGAGAAGCUUAAGACCAUUGUGUCAUCACAGAAAAUCACCUUCCGCACCUACCCAGGCCUCAUGCACAGCUCCUGCCCUCAGGAGAUGUCUGCCGUGAAGGAAUUCAUCGAGAAGCAGUUGCCCCGCAUCUGACCUUACUGUGACCCUUAGUCAACGACCUCUCACCUCUGACCUGCCAUUCUCCCACAGGAAACAGCCAUAAGCGUCCCCUACCACAAUCUCACACACAUGCACGCACUCAGGCUCGCCCACAUACAGUCACACAUGCAAACAGAGGCCGACUCAUCUCUGUACAAAAUCUGAAGACGUUCCCCCAUUGGUGUCUCAUGCCUUGCAUUGUAAAUUUCUUAAACAAUUGAUGGACAGUAAUUUGAGAUCAUGUGUCAUUGUACAUUAUGAAAUGUUCAGUGCACACAACUACACAUUACUCAGUAGUACCCUACCAUAUUUGGGAGAAUCGCUGCCCUUUCAUUAUACAUUCCCAUAAACACUGAAAUGUUAAUCCAUUUCUCUGUAUCUUUUAUUCUCGCUCUCUCUCUCUCUCUCUCUCUCUCUCUCUCACUCUUGGUUUCUUUCCCUCUGUCUCUCCCUCGCUCUCGCACGUGCUUUAUGAUGAGAGCAUUGUUCUGUUACACUGUAACUGCUGCCGUCUGGAGUGACUCAUGCCACACUGCACUGCAUGCUGCUCUCAGUCCAUGAUGGCAGGAAUAGAGGAGAAGCGCCAUGCUACCUCCUGGUGCUCUGGUUUACUCUGAAUAUUUUUUGGGGGUUUGAUACGAUUGAAAUGAAACCUAACGAAACUGCUGAAAUAAACCAAAUGAAUGAAACAGAAAAUUUUUCAACCAUGCUUUUUUUUUUUUUAACAGAUCUUUCAUGUUGUAUAUAAGGGAACUCAUCUUGAUUAGAAAGGCUGCUUGCAAUUGUGCCAUAUUUACUCACACCACAAGUUAAGAACAUGAUUUUAUAACCAAAAACAACUUAAAACUUUUUUUUUUAAAGGUCAGAGUCAUGUAGUAAAGUUUUACUGUGUAUUAUUAGUGUGCAUCACUCCAGGUGGCAUCAUUUCAGAACCCUGUGUAGAAAAGUCUUUUUCAAUUAUGACAUUUCUUCUUCUCGACCACCAGUUCAGUCAAUAAAAUAAAGCCACAAUUAGGGAUUUGUUCAGCAAAGAGUUUUGGAAAAAUUUUCAUAGAGGUUCUGCUCUCUUGAUGGCUGUGACAUUCAGCUGUCAUAUGUGUGCAUAAACAGAAUAGCACUGAUCUGAUUUAAUCUCUGAUCGUGGCUUUUUUGUUGUGUGGUGAAUGGGGAGGAUCAUUUGUUUUGUUUUUUUAUUUGCAUAAAUACUACAUUACAACAGGUUAAAAGGUGAAAGGUCAGGGUUACAUGGCUGAACAAGAUCAAAUACAAUAUGUGUAGUUGUUUCUUUAAACAAAUACUAGGAUCCAUAAAUUAGAUACAUUGGAAAAGAAGGACAUGGUUUACAAACUCGGUUCGUCUCUUUUUCAUAGGUAUUUGCUCAGUAUGUACUUUAAAACGUUUAAAACAAUUUAAAUGAAAUAUAACAACAGGUUGUUGUUUAAAUGUCGUUUUUUUCACUUUUCUCUACUUCUUUUGCUUGAUGCUUUUCACCACAUUAUCUCAGUAUUACUUAAUUGUGACCUUUUCCCCCCCAAGUCCUGUGAUUUUUGGCUUUCUGCUACUAUGCUGGCCUGUCUGCCUUCAGCGUCCCUCCUUUUUUAGUAACUACUAUUAGGAACCUAAUCAGUUGGAUUCAUUUGUGCGUAUGGGGUUUUAAGGCUUGAAUGUUGUGUCAGUUGGGAUGUGGUGAGCCCAGGCUGUGCUUGCUGAGCAGAAUCUUUUGAAUAUGUGGGUAAAACAGUAAGCUUAUUAAGGGGUGUUUUUUUUUCCCUGAGUUGUAUUGUAUGAUUAGUUGGUGUUUUAUCAGUUGUUGCUAAUUUUUUCAAUUAUGUUGUACUGUCAUCUGUGUCUAUAUUUGAUUGAAUGUGCUGAGGGACAGUUAGUUCUUUAAUAUUUUCCCUAGACACUUGUAUGUGGAAUAAAUAAUGGAAACUGCAGCAAUACAA